AUGGCCAGCCUCGCACGACACCUCCGGCCUCUGGCUGCACGCCCUCGUCUCCUCCGCAGGACGCUUGCCACCGCCACCGGGCAGAAGCCCAGACCGGCACCCUUGCAGCUCGACGGGCUCAACGACCAUCCCGAGCAGCCCAAGACCCAUUUCGGAUACAGGGACGUCCCUGAGCAGGCCAAGCAAAGCCUGGUCGGGCAAGUGUUCAGCUCGGUGGCAUCGUCGUACGAUGUGAUGAACGAUGCGAUGUCGCUCGGGAUCCAUCGAUUGUGGAAGGACCACUUCGUCAAGUCGCUCGACCCGCAUGGGGACAUCCACUGUCUCGAUGUGGCCGGCGGGACGGCGGACAUCGGGCUGAGGAUCCUCGACCACGCCCGACUGAGCCACUCCGACCGCCAGACCAAGGUCACCAUCCUCGACAUCAACCCGGACAUGCUCGCCGAGGGCCAGAAGAAGGUCAACCGGACCAUGUACUACGGCGGCGACCAGAUCCAGUUCAAGCUCGGCAACGCCCAGGACCUUCGAGCCUCCGCGAUCGAGGACAACUCCGUGGACCUCUACACCAUCGCCUUCGGGAUCCGUAACUGCACUCACAUCGAUGCUGUCUUGAAGGAGGCCUAUCGGGUCUUGAAGAAGGGCGGGAGGUUCAGCUGUCUCGAGUUUGGCAAAGUCAACAACCCCUUGUUGGCCGGAGUCUACGAGAUGUAUUCCUUCAACGUGAUCCCCAACCUCGGCCACAUCCUUGCCUCCGACCGCGACUCGUACCAAUAUCUUGUCGAGUCCAUCCGGCGCUUCCCCACCCAAUCCAAGUUCGCCGAGAUGAUCCAGGAGGCAGGCUUUGUCCUUCCCGGCGCCCACAAGCAUUUGUCUAAAGAGCAAAACAAGGCAUGGGAGGACCUCACCUUCGGCGUCGCUGCGAUCCACAACGGCAUCAAGCUCUGA